CACGUUACAUACACAUACGGUGAUUUACGAUAUCAAUCAUAAUCAUGGAGGAAUAUGCUCGUGAGCCAUGUCCAUACCGUAUCGUGGAUGAUUGCGGAGGUGCCUUCGCCAUGGGUUGCAUUGGAGGCGGUGUUUUCCAAGCAAUUAAAGGAUUUAGAAACGCUCCCUCUGGAUUUAGCAGACGAAUGAUCGGAAGUAUGGCAGCAAUAAAAACCCGUUCACCCGUUAUAGCUGGUAACUUCGCAGUUUGGGGAGGAAUGUUUAGUACAAUUGACUGCACAUUGGUACAUUUUCGUAAAAAGGAAGACCCGUGGAAUUCUAUAAUUAGCGGCGCUGCAACUGGAGGUAUCUUAGCAGCUAGAAACGGUGUACCUGCGAUGGCUGGCAGUGCAAUUAUAGGAGGAGUUUUAUUGGCUCUAAUUGAAGGGGUUGGAAUAUUAUUUACAAGAAUAUCUGCGGAACAAUUCAAAAAUCCCUCGCCACCAACUGAAGAUCCAUCUGCGCUGGCAGAUCCAGCGAACAGUUUUUCUUUUGGCCCUACCAAAAAUAAUCAAUAUCAAUAAUAAAUGUUAUUCCAUCUUUAACAAUAAAUUAGUUUGCACAAUAACAUAUAAGUAAAAAAUCGAGUAUUUCACACUUGUAUCCAAUUUGAAACAAUUGCUUCAUCUUACGUCAGUUUCUCCUUCAAUGACGGUAUUUCGGCCUUGAGCAGCACCGUUAUUUUUAGUUAGUACAUUUCACACUUCCACAAUUAUUUUAAUGAAAAUAUUUAUUGUAGGUGCUACUGUAGUCUGACCUUCAUAGGAAAUGUUUAAAAGCAUGAUAAUUUCAUUCAAAUCCAAAAGAUCGAAAGUUAUUCAAAAUUAUGAAAAGUUAAUUUAUGGGUUUGUUAGUUAUCGUUCUUGUAUCAAAUCAUUAAGAUAGUUUCCAAGAAUUUUGUGUAGUUAUUCCCUGUGAUGAGUCCAGAAAUGUUUGUCAAAAUAUCAAAUUUAAGUUUAUGGAGUUAAUAAAUAGUAACCUAUUCAAAAUUAUAAAAUGAGUUUGGUAUUUGGCACAACCCAAUAAGAUGACUGAGGGCUUUGAAUAUAUAUAAUAAAGUAUUUUGGUGCGUAAAAAUAA